GCGGCGGCAGCUGGAGUUGGCGUCAGACGGGCUGCUGUUUCGGGACAUCCUGCAGCCUGGGGCUUUCGGCGGUCGGGGUGGGCCUGUUACCCCUCAAACCUCACCCAGAGUCCGGGGUCAGGAAUUUGACUGCCUGCUGUCUUCAGCUGUCACAUCCUCCAGCCAUGCCUGUCGAUUUUGCCAGGAAGCUCUGCCUUAAUCACUCCCCUCCCUUUCACAGUUUCUUGAGCCACCAGGACUUCAGAGGAGUCAACAAAUCCAGACUGAAGCCUCUGCGCUCGUGCCUGAAUCUUCGUAAUGCAGAAUGCCUGGACAAGGAGGGAUGGAAAGUUUGCCCCCCUAGUAGUGUUGAGAAAAAGAAGGUAGUUUUCGCUGAUACGAAGGGUUUUUCACUCACUGCUGUUCAAAUGUUCUCGGAGCUUGAGGAUGAUUUGUCAGACCUUCAGUUUGAGCUCUCUGACCUCGCAGAUUGUGAUCCACAACCUACCAAGAAUGAGAAGCUGUCUUUAGACUUUCACCUCCCCACUGAAGAUUAUUUAAGCUUCCGUUCUCGAUUGCAAGAAAACUUUGUCUGCCUUGAAGACUGUGUGAUCCAUGAGAAGUUCAUUUCUGGAACAGUCAAAGUUAAGAAUCUUGACUAUGACAAAAAAGUUAUGAUUAGAAUCACCUUUGAUUCCUGGAAAAGCUUCCAAGACAUUGAAUGCAUUUACCUGAGCAAUGCAUAUGGCUGUGUAGACACAGACACCUUCUGCUUUCAGAUCCACCUGCCAGAAAGACUCCAAGCUCUCUCAAAGAUUGAGUUCUGUGUAUGUUUCAAAUGUGGCCAAGAUACCUUCUGGGACAACAAUAAUAAAGAGAACUAUAGAAUUGUUGGUGGAGGUGGGCAGUCAGCUGGUGGAAAAACUCACUAUUCCCAGGAAUCAUCUUAUUAUGACAUUCGGGGGAAAGCACAAGAAGUAGAUUUUGAACAGUUUGGCAGUCCCCGAUUGGCUGACUCGAUAUUCUCCCAGUGGCAGAGCUGGGGUAGGUUUGACGGUGGUCCCUUCUGGUGAAAGCUUCUGGUCCCCGAUUGGGAAUCAGCUAAUUAUUUUAAAAUAAUAAUUUAAGUUUGGGUUGGAUGUAUGAUGUCCACUGACUCAAGGUUUGGUGGGCGUUGCAUGAACACUGAAUACUAAGUGUGAUGCUGUAAGACUAUAGCUUCAUCGCUCUGUUGCUGUUGACGAGACUUGAUUUUAUUGUGACCCUGAUCUUCCUCAUCUUUUUGCCUGGUUUACAAAGUGGCAGGGAAUGUCCAGCAUUUGGCUAACAGGAUGAUGAGGACGUGCUUUGGAAUAAGUGUACUGUUUUGAUUAGAAUAACAUAAUACUGUACCUGAUAUCUUAAAAUGUCUACUGUAGUAAACUUCUGGCCUGCUGUCAAUGACUUGCAAAAGCAGAGGCGGCGGUACCUGAACUUUGAACUUCACAAGUCAAACUUGCACAUACAGGACACAUUUGUUUAACUAUUUGUCACUUGUUCAUUGUUCUGUCCAUAAUUUGUCACAUAAUAGGACAAUUAUCUUUUGCUAAUGGUGAUAUCAGUGCUCCCAGCAAGCUGUGGAAAACUGGGCUGGUGUUGCAGUGAUCACUGAAGUUAAAAACGAUUUAAGGUUGCAAAUCAGGACCACUUUCUUGGAUCUGGUGGCACAUUUAAACAGAGAAUGGAUAGCUAUUGCAUAGCUAGCUCCCCAUGGUAUUCUCAGCCCUCCUGAUGUUUUCAGAGUGCUUGUUUUGUUAAAUGUACAAUAAUACUGUUCUUUUAGUUGUAUUAACGUUUUGGUUCUUAUUGCAAUGUCUUAUCUCGGACAGAUGCUCAGAGCAUCUUCAAAUCCUGCCUACCUUUGCAUCUUUCUGCACACGAAGCAAUAGAGAUAGCUCAGUCUUCAUGCCAGUGAGGAGGGCGAUACUCUUCAAAGGGCUGGAAGGAUUGGAGUUUUGCCUCUACGGCUUGAACUGUGGCUAGUUCGGGGUGAUGAGAACGCAUGUUAAAUUUGCCAGUUUGUUCAUACUUUCAAUGAGGCAAUUCCGAAAUUGUGUGGCUUUGAAUUACGAAAUGAUGACGAGGCUUCCUUCAUGUUUUAACACUUUUUGAAUAGUUUUAUUGAGUGCUUUGAUUUUCAUUGAGGCUGCAAAGUGGGUGCUCAAACAAGAUUACCUCUUAAUGUUCAGCUAUCCAACAUAAGUAAAAUGAAAAAUGGAUAAAACGAUUUAAUAAAUGAGACUGCUGGGCAUUUACAGGCAAUGUUUGCUUUACAGUGCUUCUGCAGAGUUAAGGGAGAUUGAAGUGACUCAGCUGCAUGAAGUGUGAAUCUGUUAAUCGAUUGCUGUUAACAAAAGGUUGUUAUCUUCAUAAUGAAAACUUAAUUCAUUGCGGGGGGGGGGAGGAAGAAGCUUAAAAUCUUUGCCACUGGUACUUCUGGCUCUCCACCCCCCCCCACCCAGUUUGACUUUGUUAGUUCCUGAGCGCAGCAUCAGACUGUCACUAAGAGUGGUAUGCUGUGUCACUAGGAGUAGUAUGCUGUAUCAUUCACCAUGAUGUCCUGGUGGGGACUGAGCAACUGGUCUGGAUCAGCACUCUCACGGGACCACCUGGGAUUGCCCACUCACUUGCUAAAAUGACAUCUGAUUUCCAGUUGCUCAAACAGCGUUUGGCUGCAGGCGAGGAAGAUGUACAAGAUGUUAAAUUGCAAUAGUUUGUAGAUUGGGGUUGAUUUCAUGUAUAAUGCCGGCUGAUUUUUUUUUGAGUUGACGCUUCCAGUGUUAUUUUAAAAAUAAAAUCUUUUUCUGAACUUGGGGGGCUUUUUGCACUAUUUGAUGAGCCGCUGGCAGAUUAGGAACCAAACACUAGAAAACAGAUGAACUGAAUGAGGUUUCUUUUGCAUGAACCUCCCUGCUGGAAUGUUAAAACCAGCGCACCGUGAUGGAAAGUGAUUCUGGGACUCACAGGACAAAGUGAGGUGUGGCAAAAAGAUUCCCGUGAAUUUAUAAAUUCUGUGAGACCCACUGAUCCCAAGAUUUGUUUUUUUUUGUUCAUUGGGUGGCAAAUUUAGGGGGAAAGUGCAGGAGGAAAAACGUUUUGGGAAAGUGAAUCUUUCCAUCAAUAAAGACUUGAAGUAAUAACACUACGAUGAGCUGUGACAUCUCCAGAGGUCUCGAACACUGCAAUAAGUUUAUGGUGGGCACUUAGGAAAGGUUCAAUACAGAGUUAACUCAGUGGUGUAGGAGAAAGAUGCUUUCCUCAUUGGUUUUUUUGCACUAUGUACAGACAUUUGGUAAUGGGGCCUCAUAGUAUGAAGCAAUGGUUAUUGUCACCUGAUUAACUCCCUGUGUGAGAUAAGAGAAAUAUUAGCUGUAACAGGGAAUGUGGUUCUGUUUUAUAACUCUGAUGCCUGCCUGUUCUGAAGUAUUUAUGUUUGUAUUUGUUAUGCUUGAAUAUUAAAUUAAUGCUAUUUUGUAUAUUUAAAAAAUAAAGGUUACA